UGUUGUGUUUGAAGUGCUUUAGAUAGUCUAAUCCUGCUUUUGGUCUAGGUGACGUGGUAUCGCAGCCUGUUUUGAUUUGGCUUAGAGGGUCUCUUAUAGAUGGACUGAGAUAACACAUCCAGGCCUCUACACUCUUCUCCCCUAUGCAGUUUUUUAGUGUUGCAGCAGAAAUGAAAGGAGGUGAAGGACCUAGCAGGCUUCACAGAGCUGGCUGGUUCACAUGAAGACUUAGUUGUGAGGUGUGGGAGGAUGGCAGAAAGCAGAGCCGCAGGACUGGUCUGAAUGAUUGAUCAGAGCAGCAAACGGAGUCGGAGUUCAAGACAUUCAGUGGAGUCUUCCCAGGGAAGAUGUCGUCUUUGACAAUGGAAGCCCGUUGUCUGGACAAAAGAGGAAGUUUCUUUAAGCUCAUUGACACAAUUGCCUCAGAAAUCGGAGAACUGAAACAGGAGAUGGUGCAGACAGAUCUCACACUGGAGGAUGAAUCUGCUGGUUUGCAAAGCCUAGUAAAGGACAUGGAUAAUGUCUCUCCUGAGAAGAAAGAUGUAAAAGGCUGCCCCCGAGACUCUGGAUAUGACAGCCUGUCCAACAAGCUAAGCAUAUUGGACAAGCUUCUCCAUACUCACCCUGUGUGGCUGCAGCUUGGUCUGAACAACGCUGAAGCCAUGGAGAUUCUGCAGACCCAGCCGCCCGGGAUAUUUCUGGUUAGGAAAUCAGCAAGACUGCAGAAAAAGGUCAUAUCUCUGCGUCUGCCCAGUGAAUGUGGGUCCUGCCUGAAAGAAUUUGCAAUAAAAGAAAGCACAUACACCUUUUCCUUGGAGGGGUCUGGAAUAAGUUUUGCUGAUUUAUUCAGGCUCAUUGCUUUCUACUGUAUUAGCAGAGAUGUCUUGCCGUUCACCCUUAAGUUGCCUCAUGCUAUUGCAGCAGCAAAGACAGAAGCUGAACUUGAAGAGAUUGCUCAGCUUGGACUGAAUAUUUGGAGCUCUCCAGCUAACAGGAACCCCCCAAAUCCUUCGCCUGCCUGCCGGCCCGCGCCUGCAGACAGCACUUGUAAAGACGCGCGCCAGCUCUGCCUUAUAAAUGGCGUGCAUGCUAUACGAACCCGAACGCCCUCGGAGCUGGAGUGCAGCCAGACCAACGGAGCUCUGUGCUUCAUUAAUCCCCUCUUCUUAAAAGUGCACAGCCAGGACGUUAGCGGGAGCCUGAAAAGGCAGAGCCCGCGAGCACAGGACGUGAAUGGCACCGAGAGGCCUCGCUCCCCCCCACCCAGACCGCCACCUCCUUCUAUUAAUAGCAGCCUCUCACAGGCGCCGUGGAAUGGAGGCAGGCAGAGGCUGAGCGACAUGAGCAUUUCCACCUCCUCCUCCGACUCGUUGGACUUUGAUCGGAGCAUGCCCUUGUUCGGCUACGAGGGGGACACGAACAGCAGCCUGGAGGACUUUGAGGGGGAGAGCGACCAGGAGAGCAUGGCCCCCCCUCUGAAGCCCAAGAAGAAAAGAAACAGCUCGUUUGUUCUCCCCAAGAUUGUGAAAUCUCAGCUACGGAAAGUUAGUGGAGUUUUCAGUUCCUUCAUGACCCCCGAGAAGAGGAUGAUAAAGAAAAUCGCAGAGAUGUCCCAGGACAAGCGCACUUACUUUGGAUGCUUAGUGCAGGACUAUGUCAGCUUUCUCCAGGAAAACAAGGAGUGCCAUGUCUCGAGCACGGACAUGCUGCAAACUAUCCGGCAAUUCAUGACCCAGGUCAAGAACUAUUUAUCCCAAAGCUCCGAACUCGACCCCCCGAUUGAGUCACUGAUCCCAGAGGACCAAAUAGAUGUGGUGCUGGAGAAGGCCAUGCACAAGUGCAUCCUGAAGCCGUUGAAGGGCCACAUUGAAGCGAUGUUGAAAGAGUUUCACACUGCGGACGGUUCUUGGAAACAGCUAAAGGAAAACCUGCAGCUGGUGCGGCAGAGGAAUCCUCAGGAACUGGGUGUGUUUGUUCCAACGCCAGACUUUGUGGACGUUGAAAAGAUUAAAGUCAAGUUCAUGACCAUGCAGAAAAUGUAUUCACCUGAAAAGAAAGUCAUGCUGCUACUGAGAGUUUGCAAAUUGAUUUACACUGUUAUGGAGAAUAACUCAGGGAGGCUGUAUGGAGCUGAUGACUUCUUGCCUGUGUUGACGUAUGUAUUAGCCCAGUGUGAUAUGCUAGAGCUGGAUACUGAAAUUGAAUACAUGAUGGAAUUGCUGGAUCCAUCUUUGCUACACGGAGAAGGAGGCUAUUACUUGACAAGCGCAUACGGAGCACUUUCAUUGAUCAAGAACUUCCAGGAAGAACAAGCUGCCCGACUGCUAAGUUCAGAAGCCAGAGAUACCCUCCGGCAGUGGCAUAAGAGGAGGACAACUAACAGAACAAUACCUUCAGUUGAUGAUUUUCAGAACUACCUUCGAGUUGCAUUCCAGGAAGUUAACAGUGGAUGUACAGGAAAGACCUUGCUAGUAAGGCCAUAUAUCACUACGGAAGAUGUAUGUCAGCUCUGUGCUGAAAAGUUUAAAGUGGACAAUCCAGAAGAAUAUAGCCUCUUUCUUUUUGUUGAUGAUACCUGGCAGCAACUGACAGAAGAUACCUACCCUCAGAAAAUCAAGGCUGAGUUGCACAGUCGCCCGCAACCGCAGGUCUUUCACUUCGUCUACAAGCGCAUUAACAGUGAUCCAUAUGGUGCUAUUUUUCAAAACAAUGACGACUCUGCUGCUUAAAACCAGCAACUUGUUGUUUAAUUUCUGUUGCUUGUUAGCUGUUGAAAACACCUUUGCUGCCUACCUGGGGAGGUAAAACAGUCUAUGCAGGUCUUAAACCAUAAAUGCCUAGUAAAACACGUGCAAACGCUUCUAGCGUUGUGUAUGGAAAAAACAUGUAAACCAUGCAUAUGGCCAGUUAUGUGGAAUAUUCAACCAGAGUGUCUGAGUAAACAGCCCGUGAAGCUGAAUUUCUGGUACCACAGACUUCUGAAACAUAUUAUACUGUGGCCCUCUGCAGGUCUCUUGCUGUAGUGUGCCGAAAUCUCGUUUCUUCCACUCAUCCUUUAGCCAAAUGUCAUUUUGAUUUAAAUGUCUGUAUGCUAGACAAAUGUUUCAGUGAACUGGCUGGUACAUGCUCGGUUUGACCAGCAUGUGUUUGACAAGACUGUCCGAUGCGGGGCAUCAGUUAACUCAUAAUUAUCUGGAUGGUUGCGUCCUUUCCUAAUUUUUUUUAUUACAGAAAAUCUCCAUGUUUUUAUAUAUAUUUCAUAGAAAUUUUAUAGCAGUUGCAGGUAAACUGUCAGGGUUGGUUUUUUAAAUAUUUUUUUAACUAUAAAGUAUUCUAUAAUUAUGCAUGUGAUUUUAACAUUUAAUAUACAAGAAUAAAUCUCUUGCUGGUUUUAGAGUAUUGCAUUAAAAGUCUCCGUGGUUUCUCUUUUUUCAUGUUACAGGAAGGUUUUUAUGAAACUUCUGUUGUCUAUAAGCAGGUUGCAACAUUGGCACUGGUGAUUUCAGUGCCUUUAUCUGAACUUGAUGUACUGUUACAUGGAUUAUUGUUUAUAUGCAUUGUUUUAGAUAGAAAUAUGGUUUUGGAAGAGGACGAUGAAAGAAAAGGAUGUAGAGAAGGGGUAGAGAAAGAAUGUAGAGAACCUGAUUUAGGAAUAAAAUGUGUUAGUCUGCUGGUUCAGGCUCCUUGCAGAAAGAGAGCAAAGGAGGGUGGUUAGAAACUUUUAUGUAUACAAUAUUGUAGAUAUGCAGAUGGAUUUGAUAGCACCUGUCCCAGAUACUAUUUGUGUUAGCAGAGGAUUAAAUAUCAAUAAAACGAGUGGGAACACUAACCAUUUUAUACAGUCUGUCAGCAACAUCAAAAUGUGCUUUGGACUGAAGAGUAUGUUGUAACAUUUCAUGAUUCUUAAGUUACUGAGUAGGCGACACAUGAAAGUCAGUGUCCUAAAUAUACAAAGGUAAAACGGUAUUAAAUGCGUCUGUUCUUGUGACUUGUCUAAGGUAGUUGAUGCUGUGGGUGACGCUCUGGUCCCUGCGUAAGUCAAAGAGGACUAUUCUCUUUACAGAGACCAAGGGCUCUCCUCCAGUCCUUGGAGCAGUGUAUCUUAAGGCAGGUGAUUACAAAAAUGCGUCAUGAGUAGCACGUAUAUUGUACAUUUGAAGAUCUGUACCGUUUUUAAUGUCAGUUUACCAUGUAUCUUGAAACCUCCGGCACAUGUUUGUAUUUCAUUUUGUAAAUGAUAAAUGGUGAGUUUUGCACAUAAUACAUUGUAAUAAUGAACUACAA